GACUCGCAGAGGAGUUGCGCCGUGACCAGCAGGCUGCCGGUCUCUCGGGUCGGGCUGGGCCGGUCAUGAUGGCGCGAUCUGCGGUGCUGCUGCUCGGACUCGUACCCGUAGUGCUGUGCCAGGCAGAGUUCGCUCCACCCACAGUGAAUGUCAGCCUGGAUGAAGAUCCAGAAGUGCGAUGGAUGCCUCUGCUGAAGGUCUUCGACGCGGACUUCCUCAAGAAAGCCGGCGCAGAGGUCAUUGACACUACAGUUCCAAAAUGGGUGCAUCAAGCCGUUGCACCUAUUGUGGUGGCCUUGGAAAAGUACGUUCCUCAGCCUUAUGCGGGGGAGAUCCGUGGCAUGGCCUCCAACUUUGGAGGAAGCCUUUCAGACAUCAUCAUUCUCAACUUUGCCUAUGAGAUAUCUGCAUUUUGCACUAGCAUCGUAGCUCAGGACAAAAAUGGGCACGUGUACCAUGGCAGGAAUCUUGAUUAUCCACAUCCUGUUCUGACGAAUCUGACUGUCAACGUUAUUUUCCUCAAGAAUGGAGAGGUGGCGUACCGCGGGACUUCUUUUGCUGGCUAUGUUGGACUGUGGACGGGACAGAGUCCCAACAAGUUUACUGUCUCUGGCGACCAGCGAGGCAGUGAACACUUGUGGAACUGGUGGAAGAAUGUGGUGUCCGCUUUUCUUUUUCAUCGAUCCCCAGUCAGCUGGCUGGUGAGGGAGACACUGGAGGAAGCGCAGAACUUCCAGGAUGCAGUGAUGCGUCUUUCUAAAAUCCCCAUCAUCACUGGGGUGUAUUACAUUGUGGGUGGCGUGCGAGCAGGGGAAGGGGUCGUCAUCACCAGAGACCGAAAGGGCCCUGCCGACAUCUGGCCACUGGAUCCCGUGAAUGGGGGAUGGUACAGAGUGGAGACGAACUUUGACCACUGGCUUCCUCCCCCAGCCAGGGAUCAUCGCAGAGAAGCGGCCAACGAAGCGCUCAAUGCUACUGGCCAAGAUCACAUAAACAUGAAUACACUUUUUCAGGUUUUGUCGCUGUAUCCGGUCUGUAAUGGGAUUACUGUUUACACAACAACAAUGAGUGCAGCAGCCCCCGAGAAGUACAAUACACUUGUCUGGUCACAGGGCUGCAUUAGGACUGACUGAACUGAUUGCAGCCGACAACACACUGACUUUUGCUGCAUCGUCCUUGUGUAUCUGAACUUCGCAGCGUGGUUAUAUGCAGAUUCGUGAUUAUGCGGAGAUUAUAUAAUUGAGACUAGAAAGGAAUUGGACACGUGCAUUUUUAGGGUGACUGUGCUUUUCUGCUUCUAAUUAAAAAGAAAAAGUGUGAUCAUUUUUUUCACCUUUACAUUGUACAUGUGCUUUGAACUUUAUUUGUCGAGCUUAAUAAAAUUUUGAAUACUGAAA